ACUCACUGCUGUCAGGUAAGGUCCCAAUGUACUCUGUUCCCAACCACUUGGGUAUGGUUCUUAUUACACCACAUGCUUUUUAAACAUGUAUUCUUUUACAUUGCUAGGGAAAACUCAAGCCUGAGGCUUUGCUAUGACUAAAUUGGAAGAGCUAAGAAGAUGAGUAAAAAGAGUUCUCUCUCUAAUUCCCCCUGCAGAGGAGCAAGCUUCCCUUUGCUGGCUUUCAUGGCUACUUUGCAAGCCUGGAUGCAGGUGCAGAGUCAUGGGCAGCCUGACUGAUGGCUCCUAAGGCUGUCACAUGCACAUGUGUGUGAACAUUUCUGCCUCCCUUUGUGGCCCAAAUUUUCUUCUAGGAGUGCAGGGAAUAAGGUUCGAGCCCUUGAAAUUAGCACCUGCAGUGGUGGGCAAAUAAAAGGUACCUGUACUGUGCUGGCCAUAUCACAACUCCUUGUUUGCUUGGCGUGUGCCUUUGCUGAAACAAGGACAUUAGCAGCUGACUUAGAAGGAUUAAGGUUUCAUCUGUAGUCAUAAAAUUUAAAAACUGCAGAAAAGCCUUUCUCGGGUUAGGACCCUGUGUUUGUGAGCCUGUAUCCCAUUGUUGAUUUCACAGCUCAUUCACAUUUGUGGUCUGCUUUCUGACCAUUGGCUUGUGGUAGGUGUGUUUCUACUCGUAGGUUUGACUUAGGGGUAGAAGCUGGAAUAAUAAAUGCGUGAUCAAGCAGUUGCUUGUAGGUUUAUAACUGGAAAGAAUUUAUUCAGCUAAUAAGUGUCAGGUUGUUUUCUCUGUGCAACUUGGUCUAAUGGAAGAUGUCCCUGAACAUGGCAGGGGCUUGGAACUAGAUGAUCUUUAAGGUCAUUUCCAACUCAAACUGUUCUGUGAUUCUGUGAUUAUAUCAAGGCACAUUGUUUCAGAUCAAGUCAGAACUCCCUUUGCUGCACCACUGUUUUGCAAGGUAUCUUAAACGGUAUCUGGCCUCUUCAUUUUUUUUUUUUUAACCUUCUGAAAAGACAGCAGCCCCAGCUGCUGAGCCCUUAUCUCCCUCAUUUUUAAGCCUCUCAAAAUUAUUACUCUCUAAAACCGCUCACCCAUCGCUACGUCUAGGUGACAUGCUUUUCGUGUGCACCUCCUGCUUUAUUAAACGUUUGCACCAGCAUAGUGUGUGCAAACAACAAACAAACAAAAAAAGGACUUUUCUAAGAAAUAUGAAUCUAUUUCCGAGAGAUCGGUCUGAAAUCGUGUUCAUGUUCCCAGUAAAUCUCCGGGGAGAUUUCAAGCGCUCGCUUGCCUUCCGGCGAGGACGAGGUAAAUGUCUCUCUGUCUCUCCGCAGAAGGAGAUCCCCCUCCCCUGCGCAGGGCUCUCCUUUGUUCGGGGCCGGGCUGCGGGCGGAGAGGCGGGACCCCGUGCGCGCCCGGCGGGGGCAGCGCGGCGGGGCCGAGCCAGGCGGGCGGAGCCGCCCCGCGCCGCGCUCGCCCGCUCGGCCCCUCGCUUACCGACGGGGCGGGCGGCAUGUGGCGGGGGCUGCCGGUGCUGGCCCUGGCCGGGCUGCUGCUGCUGGGGCGGGCGCCGGCGGCGCGGGGGGCGGCCUGCGAGCCGGUGCGCAUCCCGCUGUGCAAGCCGCUGCCCUGGAACAUGACCAAGAUGCCGAACCACCUGCACCACAGCACGCAGGCCAACGCCGUGCUGGCCAUGGAGCAGUUCGAGGGGCUGCUGGGCACCAACUGCAGCCCCGACCUCCUCUUCUUCCUCUGCGCCAUGUACGCGCCCAUCUGCACCAUCGACUUCCAGCACGAGCCCAUCAAGCCCUGCAAGUCCGUCUGCGAGCGCGCCCGCGCCGGCUGCGAGCCCGUCCUGGUCCGCUACAGCCACGCCUGGCCCGACAGCCUGGCCUGCGACGAGCUGCCGGUCUACGACCGCGGGGUCUGCAUCUCCCCCGAGGCCAUCGUCACCGCCGAGGGCGCGGAUUUCCCUAUGGAUUCUAAUAACGGCAACUGUAGAGGUGCUGGCAUUGAGCGCUGCAAGUGCAAGCCUGUGAAAGCCACCCAGAAGACCUACCUACGCAACAACUACAACUACGUCAUUCGGGCUAAAGUGAAGGAGGUGAAGACUAAAUGCCACGAUGUCACUGCAGUAGUGGAAGUAAAGGAGAUCCUGAAAUCUUCCCUAGUGAACAUUCCAAAGGACACUGUAAACCUCCACACGAAUUCUGGCUGCCUGUGUCCACCCCUCAGUGCCAAUGAAGAAUACAUCAUUAUGGGCUAUGAGGACGAGGAGCGCUCCAGGUUACUCCUGGUGGAAGGCUCCAUAGCUGAGAAGUGGAAGGAACGUCUUGGUAAAAAAAUAAAGCGCUGGGACCAGAAGCUGCGGCAGGCGGGCAGGGCGCGGGCAGAGCCCGGUGGCGGCGAGGCGGCUCCGAAGCCCGGCGGUGCCCGGCCGGCCCGCAGCUAGGGCGGCACGGAUGCUGCCAGCGCCGGGACGAGCAGAGGACUGUCUGCCAAGACUUCGUUGUUGGAGCAGCCAAGGAGAAAUUGCACUAUUGCACGUUAUAUUCUAUUGUUUACUACAAAGUAAUGUUUUAGCUUUUAUUAGUUUUUGUUCUCCCUCUUUGUUUUUCCACCUUUUUAUUUUUGGAUAUGUGCAACUUCUGGAAAUGUGUAUUUUUUUUUUUUCUGUUACUAAGAAUUGUAGAAAACUGCCCUUAUGAGAUGAAGAAAGACAAGGACAUCUUCAAUUUACCUUUUUAUCUCCUGAAUCUUCUCUGGGAGAAAAUUCUGAUGCAAGGAGGAAUGAAAUCUGGCAAAGACCAUUGCUUAAAGUCAUGACUCGCACUGGCUUUCCCUGUUCACUCUUUCUUGGUCACUGCUGAAACUUGCUCUCUUUGGGGUAGGUUAUCUGGGUUUAAGUGUAUCAUUUUUUAUUCUGAAAUAUAAUUCUGAAGUACAUUUUUUUUUUUUGUUAAGAGAACUGUUCGAAUCAGUACAGCUUUAUUAAGUUUUCUUACAGAUAAACCACUUGCAUAAGGCAGAGUCUAACUUUAAAUCCUGCAACAAACACAAUGUGCAUUUACACAGGGAACCUGGGUUUUCCAGUGCUUUGGACCUUAAAGGAAAUAUUAUUUUAUAAUAACCAUAAUUUAUAACAUGCUUCUUCUCUUAUAAUGGCAGUUUUCCCUCCCUUUUCUCAGCUGAGUUAUAGGAGUAGACAGACUCUCCAGGCCUGCUUCUCAGUACAGGUCUGCAGUUUAGCCUUUUGAUUUUGUGGUGUUAUUCUUAAAUCCGUGCCUACAUAAGCAAGUGUUCAAUGCUCAGUAACAUAUGUCCAAUAAAAGAAUUGUAGUUG